GGGGCCUGCGGGGCCUGCGGGGCCUGCGGGGCCUGCGGGCGGGCGGGCUGGGCCCGGCCAGGCCGCGAUGGCGACCAGGAAGGCGGGCUCGCGCCUCGAGACGGAGAUCGAGCGCUGCCGCUCCGAGUGCCAGUGGGAGCGGAUCCCCGAGCUCGUCAAGCAGCUGUCGGCCAAGCUCAUCGCCAACGAUGACAUGGCAGAGCUCCUCCUCGGGGAGUCAAAGCUGGAGCAGUCCCUGAAGGAACACCCCCUGCGGCAGGGGGCCAGUCCCCGAGGCCCCAGGCCCCAGCUGACCGAGGUCCGCAAGCAUCUGACCGCCGCCCUGGACCGCGGGAACCUAAAGUCAGAGUUCCUACAAGAAUCCAAUCUGAUCAUGGCCAAGUUGAAUUAUGUGGAAGGAGAUUAUAAGGAGGCUCUCAACAUCUAUGCCCGGGUGGGCCUCGAUGACCUGCCGCUGACAGCCGUCCCUCCCUACAGGCUGCGCAUGAUUGCGGAAGCCUACGCCACCAAAGGACUUUGUUUAGAGAAGUUGCCUGUUUCCUCUUCUACCAGUAACCUCCACGUGGACCGGGAACAGGAUGUCAUCACCUGUUAUGAGAAAGCAGGGGACAUUGCGCUCCUGUACCUCCAAGAGAUAGAAAGGGUAAUACUUACCAAUAUUCAAAACAGAAGCCCUAAGCCUGGCCCUGCUCCCCACGAUCAAGAACUAGGUUUUUUCCUAGAAACAGGACUUCAGAGAGCCCAUGUCCUCUAUUUCAAAAAUGGGAACUUGACGAGAGGAGUUGGGAGAUUUAGAGAGAUCCUCAGAGCCGUAGAAACAAGAACAACGCAAAACCUGCGAAUGACAAUAGCCCGGCAAUUGGCGGAGAUCUUGUUGCGGGGUAUGUGUGAACAGAGCUACUGGAACCCUCUGGAGGACCCACCCUGCCAGUCACCUCUGGACGAUCCUCUCCGGAAAGGAGUAAACACAAAAACCUACAUCCUCACUCGGAAAGCCCGCGUCUACUCAGGAGAGAACAUUUUUUGUCCUCAAGAAAAUACUGAAGAAGCCCUGUUGUUACUGCUGAUUAGUGAAUCGAUGGCCAACCGGGACGCUGUGCUGAGCAGAAUACCCGAGCACAAGAGUGACCGCCUCAUCAGCUUGCAGAGUGCAUCUGUGGUCUAUGAUUUACUGACCAUUGCCCUUGGAAGAAGAGGCCAGUAUGAGAUGCUGUCGGAGUGCUUGGAAAGAGCCAUGAAGUUUGCCUUCGAGGAGUUCCAGCUCUGGUACCAGUUUGCGCUGUCUCUCAUGGCCGCGGGAAAAUCUGCACGGGCCGUGAAGGUGCUGAAAGAGUGUAUCCGUCUGAAGCCCGACGACGCCACCAUCCCGCUCCUCGCCGCAAAGCUGUGCGUGGGGUCUCUUCACUGGUUGGAAGAGGCUGAGAAGUUUGCCAAAACCGUCGUGGAUGCAGGAGAGAAAACGUCAGAGUUCAAGGCCAAAGGCUACUUAGCUCUGGGGCUCACGUACAGUCUGCAGGCCACUGACGCUUCUUUGCGAGGGAUGCAGGAGGUCCUACAGAGAAAGGCGCUUCUUGCAUUUCAGAGGGCCCACAGCCUGUCACCUACAGAUCACCAAGCAGCUUUCUACCUGGCGCUGCAGCUUGCCAUCUCCAGACAGAUCCCAGAGGCUCUGGGGUACGUCCGCCAAGCUCUUCAACUUCAAGGUGAUGACGCCAACUCCCUGCACCUCCUCGCCCUCUUACUCUCUGCACAAAAGCAUUACCACGAUGCUCUGAAUAUCAUUGACAUGGCCCUCAGUGAAUAUCCGGAGAAUUUUAUACUACUGUUUUCCAAAGUGAAGUUGGAGUCACUCUGCCGGGGCCCGGAUGAGGCGCUCCUCACUUGUAAGCACAUGUUACAAAUAUGGAAAUCCUGCUACAACCUAACCAAUCCCAGUGAUUCUGGACGUGGGAGCAGCCUCUUAGAUAGAACCAUUGCUGACAGACGACAGCUUAACACAAUUACUUUGCCAGACUUCAGCGAUCCCGAGACAGGCUCUGUCCAUGCCACAUCCGUGGCAGCCUCCAGAGUGGAGCAGGCACUGUCAGAAGUGGCCUCGUCUCUGCAGAGCAGCGCCCCCAAGCAGGGCCCGCUACACCCCUGGAUGACGCUGGCGCAGAUCUGGCUCCAUGCAGCUGAAGUCUACAUUGGCAUCGGGAAGCCUGCAGAAGCCACAGCCUGUACUCAGGAAGCUGCCAACCUGUUCCCGAUGUCCCACAACGUCCUGUACAUGCGCGGCCAGGUUGCUGAGCUCCGGGGAAACCUCGAUGAAGCCCGGCGGUGGUACGAAGAAGCCUUAUCCAUCAGUCCCACGCACGUGAAGAGCAUGCAGCGACUGGCCCUGAUCCUUCAUCAGCUGGGCCGCUACAGUCUAGCAGAGAAGAUCCUCCGGGAUGCGGUGCAGGUGAACUCGACAGCCCAUGAGGUGUGGAACGGGCUGGGCGAGGUCCUGCAAGCCCAGGGCAAUGACGCAGCAGCCACCGAGUGCUUCCUGACGGCCCUGGAGCUGGAGGCCAGCAGCCCCGCCGUGCCCUUCACCAUCAUCCCCCGGGUGCUCUGAGCAGGCGCCUGCCAGCCUCACUGCUGCUCAGGCCCCCAGGGCCCCACCUGGGGCACCGCCCCCCCCCCCCCCCCCCCCGCCGCACCGAGGCCAUGGAUGGACGUGUGACUGACCACACUGCACUAACUGAACGAGCCCCAGUUCAUCACUCUCCCCACACGCAUUUCUGUUACUGUUUUGGCCAGCCCGAUGAUAGAUUUUGAACCUACUGAACAUUGUUCAAAAUGGAUUAUGUGCCAUAUUUUGUUAGUCGACAUCUGCGUUUUAAAGUCAAAUGAUAAUGGACUUAAUCAGCAAAUGUAGAAGAAUAUAUCCAAAGUUAAAAUUCAGUGGCAGAGCAGAUUAUUUUUAUCAGAGCUGUAAAGAAAAGUCUCCUUCCCCUACCACUCCUGCCCCAACCUCGGCCCGGAAACCAAAUGUGAAUUUUCUGUUUCCCACCUCAGUCCUAGUCCAAGCCAGGACACCAGCUGACGAUUUCUUGGUUUUGUUGUCAAUAAUUGUACCAUGUGAAUUCCUGUCCUCACUUAGAGCAAAGCCUGAGUUGGAGAAUGUUUCUAUUUCACCAAUAUAUGCCUGUUACAAGAGAAGGAAAUAGGAGCUAUUUAAGUUUAACUUUUUUAUGUGAAUUCAGAGUUUAUUUAUCGAUGGAAAUAUGUACAAAGAAGCUUCAAAUGGAAUAUUUACCGACAUUCCUUAUACAUGACAGACACUUGGCUAAAUGGGAAGAUGAUGUUAAUAAUAAAAUGAUUUUUAAAUGGA